AUGGAGGGCUUGAUGAGACGGACGUUCGACUUUAGCACGACGUGUCCUGGUGGCAUCAUCCUUAAAGUUAAAGACACUCAAAUCAACAGGAGAGACCUCCGGCUAGGCGCGGAUGAGGCGGCGGUCAUAGCUGAAGGGUUGUUUGACCAGAGCUUUGAGGACCGAGUGGACGUCUGGUGCAAAGUCGCGAAACUCACCCAGGAGUUGGCGGCCAGUAUAGGCCGAACAGUGGACACCUUUGAUAUCAGCGAAUUGAAGUUGUAUCAAGGUGACAUCCUCUUGACUCCGAGGACGGUGGACAAGCUAGUUGACCAUGACGAAACUCCCGGACGUAAGCAGAGAACCCUUCGUCCCAGUGGUUCAAACCCGGACUUCGCACUGCUCGCUAAGGAUCGUUCAGCCCGCUCUGCGGAAAGAGUAAAGAGGAAGGUGAUCACCGAUAAACAGUAUUUCUGGGACAACGCAAUAGUGCCAUGGAGAUUUGAUGACAGCAAACUUAGUGGCCCUUGGUGUUAUUCCUACAUCGGGAAAGAUCCGGCUGGACAACCAGUUUCAAUUGGUCGUGGUUGCGAAACUUUGGGAAUAAUCUCUCAUGAAAUUGGCCACGCAAUCGGAUUUUCUCACGAACAGUCUCGCCCGGACAGAAAUCGUUAUGUCCGGAUAAACUUCAGUAAUGUCUGGCGAGGAUUUGAAGGGAAUUUCUACGCUAACAAAUGGAAUACUUUUCAUACAGAGAACACGCCAUACGAUUACAGCUCUCUCAUGCACUACGCUUCCAGAGACUUCGCUCGAGACGUGUCGCGUGACACUCUGGAAGCCGUGGACCCUGCAAUGAGGGCGACGAUGGGCCAAAGAGACGAAUUAUCUUUCUGGGAUAUCAAGGGGGCCAACAGCAGAUACUGUUCUCAGAGCUGUGGCGAGGAUUCCUUGGAAUGGGACCGAUGUGCUCAUGAAGGGUUCAGAAACCCAAAUAACUGUAGCGAGUGCCUUUGUCCAUUAGGAUGGGCGCCACCAUUCUGCGAAGAGCCCAUCUCUAGUACUGAUUGUGGCAUUAACACUUUUGAAGCAACAACCUCCGUUCAAACUUUCACCACGCCUGGUUACAAUGAAGAUGGAAUGGCGCUGGAGACUACCUGCGCAUACAGGUUCACGGCCCCGGACAACAUGAGAGUCAGGAUGAAGUUUGUGAAUGACUUUGUUAUCGAGGACAGCUCUAGGAUUGCCCGUGCCCCAGCCUGUGGCUCUUUCGUAGAAGUCCGACACCAAAACAUGGCUGUAACGGGCCCAAGAUUCUGUGGCAGGGAAACUCCACAAGAGGAAUUCGUCUCGCACGGUUCAGAUCUUCUACUCACAACCGCCAACUUUUUCACUUCAAACAGAGGAUUCCAAGUGGAAUAUUCUGCAGAAUUUUGUGGUGGCUGUUCGGCCGAAUCGAACUCAGAUUCUCAGCCGGCUUGCUUGUCAACCGAGUUGUACCCGUGUAACAGUGUAUCUACGCCUCGUGAGAAUCUAUGCUUUGAUGUGGCCGCUGACAACAAGUAUUAUUGCUGUGAUGGCUUCACCCUCUCAGGAGAUACUUGCUCAAGACAGACCGGCAUCAUUUCUCCGGCCACAACAGAAGCCACUACGACGACAGCUGAACCAACCACGACUACAACUGAAGCGACUACCACUACUACUCAGCCGACUACCACUACAACUCAGCCAACUACCACUACCACUCAGCCAACUACCACUACCACUCAGCCGACUACUACCACCACUCAGCCGACUACCACUACCACUCAGCCGACUACCACUACCACUCAGCCGACUACCACUACCACUGAAGGCACGACCACCACAUUCUCACCGAUUGUAGUAUUUACCUCAAGUUUAUUUUUCGUCUUCUUUUACGUUUUAGAGAAAUUCCUGUACCAGGAGGAGGACAAAACCCUAAAUUCCGCGGAAAUAAUCUGUGAAUGGCUAUCUGAUAAACUGUCAGAUAACGUGUGA